AAUCACAUUUGAUUUCCUUCCCUCUCCCCGAAAAUCUUCCACCUCCCCCCUCGAUCGAGCCAGCCAGCGACCUCGUCGUCGCCACCACCACCAACCAGUUCCCCCUCGCCGACGCAACCAUCCCCCCGUGCGCCGAGAGCCCCGGAUCAGAUCCCCACCGCCCAGCCCAGCCCAGCGCUUCGCCCAUUCUCGGAUCCCGUCCCGGGCCGCGCGGAGCCGGCUUGACGGGGUCCAGGUGACGGCGGUGCCCCCCCCGCUCCCGCGGGCCAUUGCCGCUCCGCAUUGGGGCGCGCGCGCAGAGAUCUGAGGCCGGCUGGGAGGCGGCGGGGAUGGGGCGCCGGUGGGCCCCGGGGAUCUGCGCGGUGGCGCUGCUCUGGCUCGCCGCGGCCGCAGCCGGAGAUCCCGAUCCCGACGAGCUCGAGCGCGCGUUUCCGAUUGUGGAGCCAGAUUAUGGCCACACUAAGCUCCGUCUGUCAGAACAAGGUCUUGAGGCCAUUCGGAGGAUCGAAAAUCCUAUCGCUAUUGUUGGUGUCAUUGGUCCAUAUCGAUCUGGAAAGUCUUUUCUUCUGAACCAACUUCUCUCCUUAUCAUGUGAUAAAGGUUUUGGAGUUGGUCAUAUGCGGGAUACUAAAACUAAAGGUAUAUGGAUUUGGGGUAAACCUGUUGAGAUGGAUGUUGAUGGCACCAAAGUAUCUGUCCUUUAUCUUGACACAGAAGGAUUUGAGAGUGUUGGGAAGUCCAAUGUAUACGAUGAUAGGAUAUUUGCUUUGGCGACAGUCUUAAGUUCUGUGCUUAUCUAUAACCUUCCUGAGACGGUGCGUGAAGCUGAUAUAUCUAGGCUCUCAUUUGCUGUUGAAAUAGCUGAAGAAUUCUAUGGAAGAGUGAAGGGAGAAGAGAUUGCUUUUGAGCCAGCAAAGCUUCUCUGGCUUAUCCAGAGGGAUUUCCUGCAAGGAAAAUCAGUUCAGCAAAUGGUCAAUGAAGCCCUCCAACGGGUGCCUAAUGAUAAUGGGAACAAAUAUAUUGACGAGGUCAAUCAAAUCAGGGAUUCGUUGGCAGUUAUGGGAAACAACAGCACUGCUUUUAGCUUGCCCCAGCCUCAUCUACAAAGAACAAAGCUAUGCGACAUGGAUGACAAAGAGCUUGAGCCGUUAUACGUUACAAGGCGAGAGCAAUUGAAGCAGGUUGUUGGAUCCAUCAUUAAACCUAAAUUUGUGCAGGGAAAAACUCUGAAUGGAAAGGAAUUUGUGUCCUUUCUGCAGCAGAUACUUGAAGCUUUGAAUAAAGGAGAGAUUCCAUCAACCGGAUCUCUUGUUGAAAUUUUCAACAAGGCUAUUCUUGAACGCUGUCUGAAGGUAUAUAAGGAAAAACUGGAGGGCUUACGUCUACCUGUACCAGUAGAGAAACUGCAGCAAAUUCAUGAGGUGGCGAAUGGCGAAGCCAAAUUGCUGUUUGAUAAACAGCACUUUGGUAAGCAUCAUGCUGUACAGUCAAUCCUCAAGCUUGAAGAUGAGAUUACAAAGGUGUACAAAAACUUCCUUCUAGCUAAUGAGUAUCAAUCGUCCAAGCUUUGCGAAGCACGUUUUUCGGAAUGUGAAGAUCAAAUGGAUCACCUUCAAGUCUUGAAACUUCCUUCCAUGGCAAAGUUCAAUGCAGGCUUUUUUUACUGCAAUCGGACUUUUGUAAUGGAAUGUGUGGGGCCUGCGAAGGAAAGAUAUGAUCAUAGGAUGUCAAAGAUGCUCCUCAAAUCUCGUGCUCUUUUCAUCAAGGAGUACAAUAACAAGCUCUUCAAUUGGUUGGUGACCUUCGCUCUGGUCAUGGUCGUGCUUGGGCGCUUUGUGAUCAAGUUCUUUCUACUUGAAAUUGCUGCAUGGGUAAUGUUUAUCUUCCUGGAGACAUAUACAAGAAUGUUCUGGUCAGCAGAAUCGCUUUACUAUAAUCCAGCUUGGCACAUAAUCGUUUCAUCCUGGGAAACCAUCGUGUACAGUCCACUUCUCGAUCUGGACAGAUGGGCCAUCCCCAUAGCCUUGUUGCUAUUAUUUUGGCUUUUUUACUGGCGUUGCUUUGCUAGAAGGAAACGUGGCAGCCGCUCGGUGCUGCCACUGUACAAGAACUCUCACAAGAACUCCAGUCGCCCUAGAUCAGACUGAUCACAUACAUGGGUUUGUUUCGGCAGUGGAGGUACAAAAUAUCACCCCCAAAAGAGGAGAUAGAAGAACAAGAGGAUAGUUUGCUACUGUUAUGGCUGAUGACGGUUGCCGUAACCCCUGUGCUGCGUCUCGGAUUCGUUUUGGCUGAUGAAGAGAUGGGAGUUUUGGCGUCUGGUGCUUGCGCUUAGCGUUUGUUGUAACAUGAAUAUGUUUAUGUGCUUUAUGUAGCCUAGGAUUUUCUUACGAGGUACGGCCUCAUUCAUUGUUUAUUGUUCGCUUUGCGAACAAACCUCAUAUAUGAAUUGGUUUUCUUAAGCCAUAGUGGGCAUAAUUUCUGAACAGACUGUGAUGGACCUUACAUUUUUGCCGUAAUGGGCAAUGGAAUCCCUUGGUUUGGGCA